AUGGAAUCGACAACAGUAGUGUCUAAAAAUUCUGUAAUAGAGAAUGAAGACAUGGAGAAAGCAGAAGUUACUGCGAAUAAUCAACUAAUAGAUACUGCAUCAUUAUCAACAGCAACGACAACAACAGGGGCGCCUGAAGGUGUACAGGAAGAGAGCGUCGAGCAUGAAGAUGUUUCUAUACAAGAUGUAGAAGGAGAGAGGGAAGAAGAGGAAGGUGAAACCCGCUGUAUAUGCGGCGAGCUCGAUACUCCUGAUGACUCUGGGUUUUUCAUUCAAUGUGAGCAGUGUAGUUCUUGGCAGCACGGUUAUUGUGUAAGUAUUACCCAAGAUAAUGCCCCUGAUAAAUAUUGGUGUGAACAAUGCAGGCCGGAACUCCACCAGCUCUUUACCACAGAUACUGGUGAAGCAAGGUCAGUAUAUAAACCUGUUCAGGAGAAGAAAAGACAAUCGAGGAGAAGAGCUCGAAAUGCGGCCACGAGUAAACCUACCACCGCGGAUGAAGUCGAGAAAAGUCCCAAAAAUACUAGCAAUACUGAUGACAAUAUCGAUGAUGAAGAGGAUGAAGUGGAAGAUGAGAUUUCGGGUUUAGGUUUCACUAAAGACGGUACUACAAGGUCCAGUAGAAGGAGGAGAAGAAAUUCAAUAGAGGAUGCCUCUGCGGAUCAAUAUUCACUGGAUGCUGGGGAGAGCGAUAAAAAGCUGUUAGAUAGAAAAAGGGCUACUUUCAUGGCAAGAGAAGAAAAACAAUAUCAAAGAAUGUUAGAAAAGGCUUUGAAAGAGAGCAGGAGAACAUCGCAUCCAGAAGAUCCUGAAAUCGAUGGAAAUGAUGCUAACACUUACGAAGGCGAUCUAAACGCCCAUAAUGGCACUACUAGACUACAGACGGAUGUUAUAUUAACAGAAGGUAAACCAGAAUCAAUAACAGAUGCUGAUUUGAUAACUAGACUGCAGUCAUCUAAAGAGUCAUCGAUGGAAAAAUCAAAGGACGUAGAAAAAGAAAGCAGUCAAGAGAAGGAAUUAUCAACAAGUUCAGUGCAAGAGACUGAAAAAACAGAUGAACCUAUUCCACCUCUAACCUCCAUAUCUUCUUCCGAAGAGGACUCAAGGAAAGCUAGUUCAAGGGGUCCUAAAAGAGUUUCCAAGCCAGUAAAAAAGAGUAGCAGAACGCGUCGAAGCAAUACAAGUUCAGAUACCAACCAAAGUAGAAGAAGUGCUGAUAUAGGCACCGAUAAACCAGUAAAACCUCGAUUACCCCCACAGAGGACUUCAUUGAACGAAAUGAGAAGAAGGGUGUCUGCUAUUCUAGAAUUCAUUUCCAGAACUCAAUGGGAAUUGAGUGAAGACCAGUCCGAUCGAGAAGAGUUUGUGCGAUUUGUUGAAAAUCAGCACUUCGUAGAGAAAGUUGAUACAAUUUACAAUGGUUAUAAGGAAAGUUUGUCAAUGAUGGACGAUCUAACUAGAGAAUUACUGCUAUGGGAGAAAAAAUACUCAAGUAAUUCUAAUGCCAUUCAAUGA